AUGCUUUUCCGCGUUAGUGAAUUAGUGAUUAUUAAACUAAGGUGGAAAUGGUUCGAGGUUAUAACUAGCCCAAUGUCAGGUCAAGAAGGUGUGAAAACUCCACAUCGUAUUGAGCUCUGUGAAGAAAAAAAUCCCAAACCUAAAAGAACCUACAGAAAACGAAGAAUUGUGGCGGCAACACCUACGAAGACUGAAAACGAAGAACAAACCUCUGAACCACCAAUUAAGAAAGAAAUUAAAUCAAAACCUUUAAAAACAAGUAAUGGUAUAAGUAACAUGACUAACGGAAAUAUAGUGAGGUCCAGAGCAGCCCGUGCAGCUGCCCGAUUGGCGGAAAGUCAUAAACUAACAGAAUAUUUCAAAGAGGAGAUCAAAAGUCCUAAAAUAGAACAUGUUCCCUCUCCACCAAUUGAAAAAUUUAAGACAGAAAUAGAUGAAAAACCAAAAGCAACAGAAGCUAAGUCUGUUAUCAGUAAUCAUAAGCUAACUGAGUACUUCCCAGUGCGGCGGAGUGUAAGAAAGACUUCAAAAUGUGUAAUGGCUGAAAAGAUGAGAGACUUAGAGAGGGCUAUAAGAGAACAAAAAGAAGAUGGAUUAAAGAUUGCCUACUUUGAUGGUAAAGGCCGUGGUGUGAUUGCAACCAAGCCUUUUAACCGAGGCCAGUAUGUAGUGGAAUAUGUAGGUGAACUUGUUGGUGUUGCUGAAGCGAGGGAACGUGAAUACAUGUAUGCUCAGGAUCCAAAUGCUGGCUGCUACAUGUAUUAUUUUAGACUGCAAGAUCAACAGUAUUGUAUUGACGCAACUCGUGAGUCAGGGCGUCUCGGUCGUCUAGUAAACCAUUCUCGUAACGGCAAUCUAUCAACCAAAGCUGUAUGGGUCGAUGGUCCUCGGCUCGUGUUGUUGGCCGCUCAAGACAUCUCCCCUGGAGAAGAACUGACUUAUGACUACGGCGAUCGUUCCAAAGAAUCGCUGCGUCACCACCCAUGGCUUGCGCUUUGA